AUGAAAGAACAGAAAGAUACAUUAACAGGAAGCAAUCGGUUCUGUGAGGAUUGGAUGCAGGCUUUUUUAAAUGGUACUGAAGGAGGUAACCCUUUUCUUUUUCGACAAGUAUUGGAGAACUUUAAACUAAAGGCCAUACAAGAUACAAAUAAUUUGAAGAGAUUUAUUCGACAGGCCGAAAUGAAUCAUUAUGCUUCAUUUAAAUGUUACAUGUUCCUAAAGAACUGUGGUAGCGGGGAUAUCCUUUUGAAGAUUGUUAAAGUAGAACAUGAAGAAAUGCCUGAAGCCAAAAAUGUGGUGGCCGUCCUGGAAGAAUUUAUGAAAGAAACUCUUUCUCCAAGUGUCUGAUCAUAUGCUGUGAGAUAAUUAUGUUGUGAAACUGUAUAUUUGAGCCUUGUGUUGGAAAUUAUAAUUGUUAUCAUUGUUCACAGGAUUGCUAUUUA